AUGCCCCGCGGUCAAGAGCUCGCAAAAGAUGCGAAGACAGCAUCUUAUGAAACGGUCGCAACACAACACCGACCACAGAUUUGCACGCUAAAGAUCACCCCGCCGAAACCGAAACCAGCUGAAAGGUGUGGAGCAACGAAAAUCAAGUGGUGGCGACUGAAGGAGAAAGUAGCGGUCGUCGUCUCCCGCAUUCUUUUGCCAGCGGUAACGGCUGUCGACGAAACCUAG